CUCAUUCUCUCGCUUGCUCUUUUUUUUUUCACCUGACAGCGGCUUAUUUUAUUCCUUUAGAGGAGCGCGGAUGGGGGGCCGUUGCUAGGGUUUCUUCUCGGAUUAGAUCUGAUACAUUGCAGCUUAUGCUGUUGAGGCUCACAGUUUUACUGCGGUCUCCUUAUUGGAAACUGCUAGGGAUAAGCACAUUUCUGAUGUCUGUAAAGUCAUUUUCUGAAGUGAAAGUCCUUUAGAACACCAAGAGGAAAGUGCCCAAGGUUAAUUAUCCUCGGAAUUAAUUGUCUUAGAGCAACAUAACAAGAUGGAGGGAGAGAUACAUGCAAAUACUGUGCUGGAUUAUGCUGUCUUCCAGAUAUCAUCAAACCAAAACAGAUAUGAAGCACUUGUUUGCAGCAAGGGCAAAGCAGAAAAACUAGCUUCUGGGUGUCUGGAUCAGCUAGCAUUACAUUUACCAGAAGCAAAAGGAUGUCAGUUUAGGUCAUCCGUUCAGAGCUUCCAAUUACAACUAGUCGAAAGCCUUAAAGGGUCAUCUUGGUUCACCAAGUCCACUAUAGCAAGAUUCUUGCAUAUUGUCAGUUCAUCGGAAGUGUUAAAAUCUGUCAAGGCAAUUGAAAAUGAGAUGUCCCAAUUGGAGGAUACUAGAAGAUUUCAUCUUUCUCUUUAUAUCAAGGAUCAUCCAGAUCAUUCUGGAAGUGAAACAGCAGCAGGUGGCUGCUUGAAUGAGGUGGGACUAACAUCAAAAAUAAAUGUUGAAGCAGUGUCAUCAGAUGCUACAAAGAAUGAGUUGUUGCGGGCAAUCAACUUAAGGCUCACAGUACUAAAAGAAGAGCUGGCAGCUUCUUUUAACCGAGCUGCAGGAACGACUUUGUCCACUAAACAGAUAUCUGAUGUAGAGGCAUUUGCUCACCAUUUUGGAGCAGUUGAUUUGAGGAAGUCAUUGUUGAAGUUUUUGGCUCUGAUCCCAAAGGAUGAACUGGCAGAACCUGCAGUUGAACAGACAAGAUGUUCAGAAGAUACAAAGAACAACUCUGAAGAUUCUACUGAAGCGAUUUGUCAGCCAGGCCAACGAAUCAAUAUAACAAAACCUUUCAAUGAUGGUGUCUCCCCGGCAAAACUUGCACAAGUUGAGCGUCAAAGCUCCUCAGCAAGUGAGGAGUCCUCAAGUGAUGAAGGCCAGACUUGUGCUGAAAGAAGCCGGCCUCUUAUAAGAUCUGCAUCACCUAGGAGGUCUGCUUCCCCAAUGCGACGAAUCCAAAUUGGAAGAUCUGGAUCUCGGAGGGCUACUGCGCUUACCAUUAAGAGCCUUAAUUACUUUCCUGCCAGGGAAAGAAAUCCAUUCAACAGGGCUGCUGAUGGGAACAACAGUGGAGAUGAAUCUGAGCAGACACAGAAGAAAGCUGACAACACAGUAAGAAGGAUGAGUGUUCAAGAUGCUAUCAAUCUCUUUGAGAGCAAACAGAAAGAUCAGAAUUUGGAUAUCCAAAGGAGGAGAGCUUCAGAAGUAUCUAUUAGUACCAGUAAAUCUGUGUUAAGAAGAUGGAGUGCAGGUAUGGGCGAUUCCUUCAACCACAGCCCUCAGCAAAGCGCCACAGAUGCUGGAUCUCAAAACACUUCCACUUGUGUAGCUCCAGAGACAGAGGAAAACAAUUCGACUGAAGUGAAGGCUGAGAUAAAUUCUCCAGCAAGGUUGGGUCCAGAUGAGAACACUCAGGAUAGUGAAUCAUUAGAAGUGGUGGAGAUGGCAUCCCCUCCAAUGAAUGAUUCUGCUGAGCUAGUAAAAUCGCAAGCUGAGGAAAUCUGUGACCGAGCAGCAGCCUCCGCUGAAUGGAAUCGACAGAAAGAAGCGGAGCUUGAUCAGUUGUUGAAGAAAAUGAUGGAGAGCAAGCCUGGAAAAUACCAGGAUAAUACUAGUUCUGGUGGAUUUCAAGAUGCUACCUGUGAGCAGAGAGGGGGCUUCUAUAGUCAGUACAAGGAGAAAAGAGAUGAAAAACUUCGAGCUGAAAAUGCUGGAAAGCGUGCAGCAAAGGAAGCUCAAUUUAAAGUGAUGCAGGAAACCCUUGAACAGAGCAAAGCAGUAAUGGCCUCGAAAGCUGGUGGCAUCAUGGGGAAACUUGAUUCAUCAAGUUCUUCGCAGAGACUACGAAGAAAUUCGUCUCCACCUGUGUUAGCCAAGAAAGAAGUUUCAAAAUCAGCAGGUCAAAGAAAAGCUUCACCAAAACCAUCACCCUUGCUGGCUUCACGUAACUCAUGGUCGUCUGGACCUUCACUGAAAGCUAAUGGAGCACAACCUACUAAAACCUCCCCUCGGAUGACUUCAAGUAGUGCCACGCCAAACCGCAGAAAGCCCCAGUCAACACCUCUGCAGACUCAACCAAGCCCCAGGACAGAAAAACCCAUACAAAAAAGCAGGAAGAGAUCCCCAACUAAGGCCAAGCCAAUUAUGAAAAGUCAAGAAGAGAAGAAGAAAACAAUGACAAAAACUAGCAAAGCUGCAAAAACCAAAAGUCCAGCAACUACUGGAGAUGACUCUGGUGCUGUAUCAGCCAAACCAAGUUUCUACAAUAAGGUUACAAAGAAAAAUAGCGUGGUACCACUGGAGUCAAAACCCUUCUUGAGAAAAGGAACUGGAAUUGGCCCUGGUACUGGCUCUGCAAUAGCCAAAACUAAAGUUUCUCAAUCAGAUGAUUCUGCAAAAAAUAGUGGAAAUCUUACUCAAAUUGAAGAAAAGGAGUCUGCUCCUGUGACUGAGGAAGCAACCACUAAGGUACUAGAGGUUGAUCUUGCCCAACCAGCAAAUGAUGUUGAUGCAAAUUUAGAAAAUUCACUUGAUAAUGAUUUGAAUCUUGAAAAAACAGAAAACUCAGACCAGAUAUCAGCUGUGGUGGACAAUGGCUUCCAGAACCCAGUAGAACUUCCUGUUCCUGAGAUUCAACCAGAUGAGGAUAUGGGCAUCUCAUCAGCUGCGUGGGUGGAAGUAGAGCAUCAGAAAGUUUCUGCUUCAUGUGACAAUGACAUGUCAGAAAUCACUGUCUCACCUGGGCUUGCACCAGCAACAUCAUCAAGCCCCCGGGUCCGUCAUUCACUGUCACAAAUGCUGCAAGCUGACAGUAAUGAACCAGAGAUCAUUGAAUGGGGAAAUGCUGAGAACCCUCCUGCCUUGGUCUAUCAAAAAGAUGCUCCCAAGGGGUUGAAGCGGCUCUUAAAAUUUGCUCGAAAGAGUAAAGGAGAAGCAAAUGUGACUGGUUGGGCAAGCCCAUCAGUCUUCUCCGAAGGAGAGGAGGAUUCAGAAGAAUCUAAAGCUGCAAGUAAGAGGAACUUGGAUUCCCUAUCGAGGAAAGCUGGUGCAACUUAUAGCAAGAGGGCUGCAGAUUUGUGUGGGAUGCAUGAUGUCUUAUCAGCUCAAUCAAGUACAAGCAGCCACAUAUCUCUUGGUUAUGACAAGUUGCGGGAACGACAGGUUCCAGUGACAGCCACGUCAACCAAGGCUUCGAGGUCAUUCUUCUCUCUCUCAACGUUUAGGAGCAGCAAAUCCAGUGAGACAAAGCCUCGAUAAUGCCCAGCAUUGUUCCAAGUCAUGGCGGAGAUGGGUUGCCAUCAAACAAUUCCCCUCAGCCAGGUGUAGAGGCAAGGUCUGGUUUGAGGAAAUUGUUUUUCUGCAUCCAGUUUUCCUUGUAUUCAUGACUGUUUUUACUAUUUUCUAUAGUUUCGGUUUAUUUUGUUAUGUUUUCUUCUGUAAAUGUAAUAUCUUAACUGUCUCAAUGAUUUCCUUCGGAACGUUAACAUGGUUUCAUGUAAGGGUAGUUCAUGUCUAGAGAGAAUGCGUGUUCAGCGUGUAAUCACAACUAUAAAUGAAUAGCUGUUAUUUUAUUCAAAUUUAUAUUCAGCUUCUUUAUAUGAGAA